CAGAAGCAGUGUUAUCACACCUCUUCUCUGUACCGAGACCGUCUGUGUCCAUUGAGCCCAUUAAACAUUGUCACUCCUUAGGGCUAUUCAUCUUUGUUAUACAUUCAAGUGCACACCAGAUAUUGUCACAGUCGGAUCUGCAGUAUAAAGGACUUCAGAUUCAACCCGGGCCUCUAACCUGACUUCUCCAGUUAGCUCAGAUCUUGCUUCUAGUUCACAGCCUGGUGCUUCCAAUCGUUCAGACAAAGCAGCUUCGUUUCGAAUCUCAACACGUUAUCAAGAUGAAGAACUUCCUUCUGACUGCCGCCCUGCUGGCCUCGUCCGCCUACGGACACAUUCAAAUGUCCAAGCCGUACCCUAUCCGCAGCCCUCUCAACCAGGCAGCCACCGGUGAAAAAGAUUACUCGUACACCAAUCCUUUGUCUACCUCCGGCUCUGACUACCCUUGCAAGGGCUAUGCCAACGACCCCUUCAACUCCGUCGCCACCUACAGCCCGGGCUCAACCUACGACCUCGAGCUCUCCGGCAGUGCCGUGCACGGCGGCGGCUCAUGCCAGAUCGCACUCUCCUACGACAAGGGCGAGACGUUCCAAGUCAUUCACUCCAUGCUCGGCGGCUGCCCCAUCACCAAGAGCUACAAGUUCACGAUUCCCGCAGACGCCCCUUCCGGUGAGGCUCUUCUGGCCUGGAGCUGGUUCAACAAAAUCGGAAACCGCGAGAUGUACAUGAACUGCGCCCAAGUCACUGUUGGCAGUAGUGCGCGUCAAGAGGGCUUCACGGCCGUGUCUAAGAGCCAGGCAUUCAGCAGCCUUCCACCGCUCUUUAUCGCCAACGUCAACGGACCCGGUCAAUGCACCACUAUAGAAGGCGAGGAGGUCAACUUCCCCAUGCCUGGGCCUUCCGUUGAAGGAAGCCUCUCUGGCACGGGCUACAAGUGCUCCGGUUCUGCUCCUUUCCUCGGCACCUCCAACUCUCCCAAUAGUGGUUCCGGCUCUUCAAGCUCCGGAUCUUCGACCAGCGCCAGUACCAGCCCUACCAGCCUCACCCAUGCGCCCGUCACUUCCUCCACCACCGCCGUGCCAUUCCCUUCCUCUUCAGUGGCAUUACCCUUGUUGCCCUCUGUUGGUACAUCCAGCCAGCCGAACCCAACUCUCCGCCCUGAAAUCUCGCUUCCAGAUGACUCAACCUGCGUCACCGGUACUAUCAUCUGCUCCGAAGACGGCAAUAGUUGGUCGCUUUGCGAUCAGGGCUUCCCUGUGCACAUGGGCAGCGUUGCUCCAGGAACUCGCUGCACCCACGGCGCUAUGCACCGUGCUGACUAAAUCGAGAUAUGAGGUGGAUCUAGGGCUAUGAUAUAUCUCAGAAGUCUUACGUUGGAAUAGCAGCUCCUCUGCAGUUACGGCUUGGCUGUCUUGGUCUAGUGGCUGUACAUUAAAUGUACUUCUCUUUUAUGCCUGUAAUGCUUCCAGGCUUUAUCACUCUGUCGAUCUUUCUUAUCUAUCCUUCAAGUUCUUCCUUUGCGGUGUCUUAUUCAAACUUUUUUUUUCUUUCGUUCGUUUCUUGUUUCCAUUUAUCUUAGUUGCAUAUUCCACUUAAUGUUCUCUUGAUGUAAAGGUAGUCAUAUGACGCUACCUCUACACUUAUGCAAUCAUCAAUUUCUCCUUCAGUGUCUUAAACCUGCUACGUAACUUACAUUGUUAGCGCUUUUAAAAACUAUGCUUGCCCAUAU